CACACACAGAGAGAGAGAGACUGGAGUGAAAAAAAGGCAAGGAAGGACGACAUUAAUACAGGACGAGAGAUGGUGAACUCCGGAGCAAGCGUUCCUGCCGUGCUCUGUCUGGCCAGCCUUUGUGUUGCACUUUGUGUAGGAGCUGCAUUAAAGUCGGAUGUGGUGUUGGAGAACAGUGCUACCACACUGAACCAUUCAAUGGCGCUGGUGCAGCGCAUGGAGGCCCUGCUGACCCAGGGAAACGGCAGCGAUGUGAUCCUGCGUGUCCAGAUGUUAAACACGGACGAGGUGAAGGUGAUCCAGGUCCAUUCACUGGUGUUGACUCUACAGAGUGACGUGUUUGAUGAGCUCCUACAGACCCGUAACUCCACUGCGAUGGUCCUCAGAGAGUCACCGGACUGUGCAGCUGUCUUUGACAAGUUCAUUAGGUACUUAUAUUGUGGUGACAUCACGGUGCGUCUGAACCAGGCCAUUCCUCUACACAAGCUCGCCAGCAAGUACCACGUGUGGGACCUCCGGCAGGGCCUCACCCAAUACAUGACCCAGCACCUGUCCAGCGACUCACUCACGGGUCAUAUGGUGAGCUGGUACCAAUACGCCACGCAGAUUGGGGAUGUGACCCUGCAGAACAGCUGCCUGCAGUACCUGUCCUGGAACCUGUCAUCGGUUCUACAGAGCGCCGAAUGGAGCUCAGUGAGCGAAGAACUGCUGCUUACUUUGCUGCAGCGUUCAGACCUGGUUCUGCAGAGUGAACUGGAGCUGUACGAAGCUCUGGAAGCCUGGAUCAACCAGAACCAGCCCUCAGUUGAGAAGGCCAAGAGCGCACUUAAAGCAAUACGUUACGCCAUGAUAUCACCUCAACACUUGUUCCACCUGCAGAAGAAGUCGUCUGUGAUGUUGAAAUAUUACGAAUCGGUACGCGAUCUGCUCUUCCUAGCCUUCCAGUUCCACGCAGCCUCACCCAUCCAGCUCGCAAAGUACUUUGACGUAAACUGCAGUCUCUUUACGCCACGUAACUACCUGUCGCAAGCAUGGGGCUCCCCGUGGGUGAUCAACAACCCAACGCGGGACGACCGCAGCUUCAGUUUUCAGACUCAACUUGGACCGAGCGGCUACGACACCAGCAAACGCGUGACCUGGAACGCUCUUUUCUCACCCCGCUGGCUUCCUCUAAGCGUGCGAUCUGCUUAUCCAGAGCAGGGAUCCUUGCAGCCCACUCGUACCGAUGGAGGGCGUCCACGGAUCAUCGUCACACCGGCCACCUCGAGCCCAGACUUUGCUGGCGUCAGCUUUCAAAAGACUGUCAUCGUUUCAGCCCGGAAGCAGGGGAAGGUGGUGGUCCGUCAUGUCUACAACUUCCACCAGAGUACGGAGGAGGCGGGAGACUUCCUGUUGGAAGCAGACCUGCAGCGUAGAGCAUCCGAGUACCUCAUUGACAGCUCGCUUUACCUGCACAUUAUUGUGAAGCCCCUCUAUCACAGCCUCAUAGUAGCGAAAAAGUAAGAGUCUUGUUCCUCUACCAAUGAUUUCUGAUGCCCUAUAGCUUUGAAAGCAAGAUUU